UGUGAACAUGUUACGCAGCGCAGAUUCUGGGGGAAAAGUCUACAAAAGCUACAAUUUAUUUUUCCGUAAACGGUGUCUUUUAUUUCCCAUUACUGUGUUCAUUUAAUUACUGUGUUCAUCUGCCAUUAAUUAGUUAAUUGAAUUGUUUGCCGUCGCACCGGCAACGACGCCAGCAUGCCUACCAGCGUCGUAACGGAGAAGCUGUCCGUCUCCUCCACCGUGUCGACCAACGGCAGCGACAGCCCGCGAUUGGGCCAGCGUCCGGCACCCGGGGCCCCUUCGCCCCGCCCCCUGGACGGCGCCCGCCACGUGGAGCACCUGGCGCGCAUCGAGAGCAUCCUGCAGCUGGACAUGGGCCUCUCGCGGGACGACGCGCAGGCUUUUAUCCGCGCCGGCAACGAGCGCGUCUUCGGCAGCCACGACAUCGACCUGGGCGGUGGCUCCUUUAACGGCGGCGCCGCCUUCGUCAAACUGCCGUCCGACGGGGUCGGCGUCUGGAUGAACGAGCUGCGGGAGGACUACGACGAGAAGACGUACACGCCCAACAUCACCAAGUCGGUGCUGGUCAACUUCGAGGGCUCCCGCAUCCGCGUGCGCCGCCCGCAGCGCCGCGUCGUCCCGCUGGCGGAGGUGCACGACGAGAAGGAGGAGAUCCCGGCGGACUUUAUCUGGGCGGAGGAGCGUCUGUACGACGCCCGCAACGCCGACGUCUUUCUGCUGCCGCUGGAGGUCCCCGUCAAGAUCCGCUGGCUGAACCGCUUCCCCAUCGCCGUCAAGCUGAAGCCGCUGCAGCAGCCGCAGGCGGGCGGCGCCCUCAUCGUGGAGAGCCGACCGGAAGUGGACGCCAAGUUCGUGGCUAAGGACGGCAACACGCUCUUCUUCUUCGCGCGCUGCGACCGCGCCAAGGAGGAGAUCUUCUGGCACUUCGUGUCGGCCAGCGGCCAGGUGCCCUUCCCCUUCAAGGUGCCGCGCGUGACGCCCACUCCCGACAUGUCGCCCCUCAACGCGCUGCUGACGCGGAUCGGCGGCGACGUGCUGGUGGACCCGGUGUGGAAGCAGCUGAUCUUCGAGAAGGUGGCGCAGAAGAUCAGCCAGAUCAAGAAGCCCUACUUCCUGGCGGAGAUCCGCAUGACGCACAUGGACAUGGGCGACAGUCUGCCCACUUUAAGUAACGUGUCCCAACGCAUCAAGAUGGACCGCCUGGGGGUGUGGUUCACCAUGGACAUGAGCCUGCAGGGGCCCAUCGUCUCCACCAUCGUCACGCACGUCGACCUGCGCCGCUUCCAGGACCCGGAGCAGGCCAAGGCGGCGGAGUUUAAGCAGGACGGCGAGGUGGCCGGCGCGCCGCGGCUGGAGGAGCGCCAGCGCAUCUUCUACAACACGCUGUCGGGCCUGUACGGCGGCUACGAGCACGAGGAGCUGCAGGAGGACCGCGAGCUGCCCGAGGCCGCCAAGCCCCAGGCGCUCAAGUGGCUGGAGUCCCUCGGCGAGUCCAAGAUCUUCAAGUGGGUCAGCCAGCUCGGCUUCGUGCGCAAGAAGCUGGACGAGCUCAGCAGCACCGACAUCACUGUACUCGCCGUCGUCAAGUCCAUUCGCGGACGACUGGCGCUGAACGUGCCGCCGGCGCCGAGCGACCGGCUGUGGUACGGCUUCCUGCCGGGCACGCAGCUGGACAUCGAGAUCACGCUGAAGGUGGGGGAGACGCGGAUCGAGCUGGAGCCGCUGAGCGAGUACAUCGACACGCAGAUGCGCAGUCUCUUCGCGCAGGUCAUCACGCUGCCCAACAUGGACGACUACUUCCUGCCCUUCGCCAACAGCGCCAUCGACACCCCCGACUACCGCCUCAACAAACUCCGCGAGCUCAUCAUCUCCUACACUUAACGCAUCAACCGGCAUGUUUUCUUCGUGUUUUCUCAUUGCAAGAAUUAACUGUCUUUCCACUACGUAGAGAUAAUAUUAUGUGGGCCGGUGCACCGUAAAGGUCACGCAACACGACACGGCCCAGACGCAGCUUUAUUCGCAAGAACCAGUCGGAUUGGCUUACAGUUGCAUUAAUGCCGCGCACUUCCGGUCGACUUUAAAUAAUCACUAGUGCAUGCAUGAUGCGUCGACCGCUGCGCAAUUAUGCAAAACGCUGAGGAAGCGUACAGAUUAGUGAACAGUUAGGAAUACAGUUAGAAAGCAUGAUGACAAAGACUAAGAAAUUGU